UCUCUCUCUCUCUCUCUAUAAGACAGAUCUUCAGCCUUCAGAUCGUCUGCUUUUGACUCAGUUUUGUGGUAAUGGCUGAACAAAAGAUUCAACAAAGUGCCUUCACAAAAGUUCACCAGCUUCGUCCUCUAGCUGGAGGACUUAUGCUCACAGUAAAAGUGAUCAGUUCAAAGACAAUAAUGCCUAGGGGCCGUGCGGAUGGAAAUCAAGGACGCCAAAUGCGACUUGCUGAAUGUUUGGUAGGUGAUGAGACGGGAAUGAUUAUCUUCACCGCUAGAAAUGAUCAAGUGGACUUGAUGAAAGAGGGUACUACUUGCAUCCUACGCAACGCGAAGAUUGACAUGUUCAAGGGAUCAAUGAGGCUCUCAGUGGACAGAUCAGGUCGUGUUGAAAUCACUGAGCAAGCUGAUUUCUCCGUGAAAGAGGACAAUAAUUUGUCCCUCAUCGAGUUUGAACGCGUGGACGUCGUCGUAUAGUGACUUGUAACUGGUCUUUCCUUUGCCUCUGCUGUUUUUCCACCUAAGUUGUUUUUACCAUCGCAACUUAGGAGGCCAUUGGUAGAAGUUUUUGGCUUGGGUUUGACCUUGAGUACUAUGGGAACCUUGUGUUAAGAAAUCAGCUUCUUGUUGGGAUAUACUUUUGUUUCUCUAUAUUUAUAUGUUUGUUUUUGGAC